AUGAGUGCUGCCGGCGUUAAGAGCGGGAACGGAUGCAUCGCAGACACUCCUAUUGUCGUGGUUGGCGCUUGCUUUGUGGACUACGUCGCCUACGUUGAUCACCUUCCACAGGUUGGGGAAUCGCUCAGGUGUCGCAGUUUCAGCAAAGGUUUUGGUGGUAAAGGCUCUAACCAGGCCGUCUGCGCUGGACGUCUGGGAGCAUCCGUUUCAAUGGUGGGCGCUGUGGGAACUGAUGGCGAUGGUGCGGAUUACAUCGCGAACUUCCAAAGGAAUGGCGUCCAGGUGUCGAAUGUUUACCGAAUGGAAAACACCUCAACGGGGCUCGCGAUGAUCUUUGUUGAUUCCACUACGUCCCACAAUGAAAUAGUGUUUUCGCCCAACGCCACCGGUGCCCUUACAGUGGAUUAUCUCCGUAAGCAGUCCGAUAACUACAACAAUUUUUUCGGCCCCAAGUGUCGCUACAUCAUUUUACAGAACGAAAUUCCAGUUGAAACAACGCUUGACGUGCUUAAGGAGGCCCAUACACGCGGUAUUUACACUGUCUUCAACGCUGCCCCCGCUCCUUCGGCGGACGAGGUGGCUGUUGUUAAGCCUUUUCUUUCAUAUGUGUCACUGUUUUGCGUGAAUGAGGUGGAGGCAUCGAUGAUCACUGGUAUUGACGUGAAAGACACCCAGUCCGCCAUCCUUGCUACGGAGGAAAUGCAGAAGUUGGGUGCACACAGUGUUGUAACGACUCUCGGAGGAAACGGCUACGUUAUUGGCGAGAAGGGCAAACCACCACGACACUUGCCCAGUAUCACUGUGAAGGCUGUGGAUUCCACUGGUGCUGGCGACUGCUUCGUUGGUGCCAUGGUGUUUUAUCUGUCGAUGGGCAAAUCCCUCGAGGAGUCCUGCAAGAGGGCGAAUAUGAUUGCGGCAAUCAGUGUUCAGCGGCCAGGCACCCAAUCGUCCUAUCCCACACUUGACGAGCUGCCUGCUGAGGUGAAGGAAUGCAAAAUAUAG